GGGGAGAAAAGUUAACUGGAGAAAUUGGGGCUAGGAGAGAUGCAAUGAUCUUGCACCAAGUGGAUGUGCCAUGUCUGCAUGCGAAUAGCGCGCCUGGAGAAGCUCGGAGGGAUGUCUUGCGAGUGAUCUGCUUGAUCUCCGUAGAAACGCUCACCUCUGCCUGCAAACUUUCCCCUGCCAGAAGUUGGGAGGAAUAAAAAAAGCAUCAGAAAAUCAAAAGGGGAAGAUCUCGGCGGACAAAAACACUUGAGCUAAACUGUUGCAUCCCGACCCGGGGCUCCGGUGCGAGCAUCCUGCCGGUGUCUCCCGGGCUCCCGAGCCAAUUGGCAGCGGGUGGCGUUGGCCAAGGCGCCCGGCAGCGUCCCCGGCAUUGGGGACGGGCCGAGCAGCAUGCUGGCUGCGGCGCCCGCGGCCGGCGAGCAAACCCCGCGUGCCUGACCCGUCGGUGGUGCCGGGGCGGUGGCGGCCAUGGCUGCAGCCAUCGCCAGCUCCCUGAUCCGCCAGAAGAGACAAGCCAGGGAGCGGGAGAAGUCCAAUGCCUGUAAGUGUGUCAACAGCCCCAGCAAGAGCAAGGGAAGCUGCGACAAGAACAAGUUGAAUGUGUUUUCCAGGGUCAAACUCUUUGGCUCCAAGAAAAGGCGAAGAAGGCGACCAGAGCCUCAGCUUAAAGGUAUAGUAACAAAGCUAUACAGCAGGCAAGGAUACCACUUGCAGUUGCAAGCAGAUGGAACAAUUGAUGGAACAAAAGAGGAGGACAGUAGUUAUACUUUGUUUAACCUCAUACCUGUGGGUUUACGAGUGGUGGCGAUUCAGGGGGUUCAAACAAAAUUGUAUCUGGCAAUGAACAGUGAAGGAUACCUAUAUACAUCAGAACAUUUUACACCUGAAUGCAAGUUCAAAGAAUCAGUAUUUGAAAACUACUACGUGACGUAUUCUUCAAUGAUCUACAGACAGCAGCAGUCUGGCCGGGGUUGGUAUUUGGGUCUCAACAAAGAAGGAGAAAUAAUGAAAGGAAACCACGUGAAGAAAAAUAAACCUGCAGCACACUUUCUUCCAAAACCAUUAAAAGUGGCCAUGUACAAAGAGCCUUCUCUCCACGAUCUCACAGAGUUCUCAAGAUCUGGAAGUGGGACCCCAACAAAGAGCAGAAGUGUUUCAGGAGUGCUAAAUGGGGGUAAAUCCAUGAGCCAAAACGAGUCAACGUAGCCAGGUUCAGGCAAGCCAAGUGCUCUCUAAACAGAACCUUACCUCUGGAUGCAGUUGAAUUCUUACUAGCAGUCUUUCAUCCAAACGUUCAAUUGCCCAGGACAAGCCACCGAACUUGCAUAGGUCACUCGUUUAUCAGCCAUUAGAUCUACUGGUUGUCAAAGGAUAUACCCCAAUAAUGUAGAAUAUGCUUGUGCAUAUCACAAGGCACUUGGAUAGCCAGCAAACAUAACUGCGGAAUAAAUCUCGGAGAAGAAAUGUCCAGCUCUUUCUCUCUCUCUCUUCUUCUCUCUCUCUUUCUCUCUCUCUCCUAUGCUUUGUGGAAUACGAAACAAAAACAUUUCACAGCAUUCACUGCUGAUAAGAAUUUGCUUUCCAACUCAGAAAAAGACCACUUUUGCUCUUCAAAGGAAAUUUUAAUGCUUGUAUGUUUUAUAGGGGCAAACAAAAAACAAAUAUGUAAACUCUGUUGUUUCCUUGGCUUACCGUUUUAUAUCUAAGGCUUGAUAAAAAAAUGUCCUUUAAUUUGGAAUAGUGCAACUUUUUGAUUUCUGAACUCCAAUGGGUCUUUAAAGCUAUGUCUUUAAAAAAAUAAUUAAAAAUUCAGGGUUGGAACUGAGAGUUGGUGUCUCAGGCUCAAGCAAACAGUGUUCUUGUGGUUUUAAACACAAUGAAAUAUAAAUUUUUAUAGAUUUGUAGUUUCUGGUAAAGUUCUUGUGCUAACCCCAGUCUGUAGGAAUCGAGUUGUUUUGUUAUCCCAAGUGGAAGUUAACAGAAAGGGAUAAAAUUAUCCUCCAGUGUAGAUUUCUCUUAAUCCCAUUUUGUGUGUCAUGUUAAACUAUUGUUGUGGCUUCUUUUCUAAAGACAGAAACUGUGGAAUUAAGGUGACUUAAUUUUUUUAUAAGAAACGUCUUAUUUGUAAAAGUCCUUCUUUCACUGUAACGGGCACGUGAAUAUUGUGUAGGAGGAAGCGUUAGGACAGGUUACCCCUAAACAACAUAUACUUAUACAUGCUAUUGGAAACAAUUGUUUAAAAAAUGUAGUUAGGUUUCCAUUUAGGUCAUCAUGUCUGUUGCAUGGGAGAAAGUUGGAAUAUUGGCAUAGAGUUGCAUGAUGUGUAAGAUUUUGUGCAUUAAUCAUUGUUGGAUUCUGUGCUCCAAAACUGACAUAGUUCUGUACGGGCAGCUUUCUGCCUCGUACAAAAGAGUUGUUUAUUAUUUGUUGUAUACACAACCAUGCACUGAAUAAACUAUUUAUAUUAAGAUGUACUUUUUAAAAAAGCUUGUUUGAUUAUAUGAUGUACAUCCGUGAUUAAUUUCAAGGGAAAGGGUUGGCAGUUAAAUUAUAAAGUUACAAAAGAUGCUGUAAUUAAUGUUCAAAGUCUUUCUGUGCAACAGGUUAUUCCCCUGUAAUGCCAUACACCAUACAAAUGAGAACAUGUUCUUUCUUUUGGAUAUUGUUAGAACUGGUCUUACAUGCCCAGCCGAGAUACUCAAAACAUAGUGACGAUUAAGUGCCACAAAGUCUUGGUAACGGCUCCUCUGCCGUGCGCUGCUGGAGCCCCAGUGAAUCGCGCUCCUCUGCUUUGAGCUUCUCCAGCUUCUCCGUGCGUGUCUGCCCUCCCCGUUAAGACUUUCCUUAGUGCAGCCACGUAGCGCUACCUCGCAGCACACCUCCCCAGAGCCCUCGGUACGGGGCGUCCCAAAGAGAGCCGGUAAGUCAAGCACUGCUUGUGCCCGGGUGGCACCUCGAGGAUGCUCGGCGUUUGCUGUGCGUCACUGCAGCUACGCUUGAGGCGCCAGCUUUAUCUGGUCUUGAGGAAAAAGGCUCCCUUGCCUCCUGCCUUUGUGCACAUGCUCUGGAGAGAAAACAUCCCUCUCUGCUGCCUUUUCUCUCCGAAAACAUCAGUGAGAACUUUUCUCAUCUACAGCAUCUAGGCAGCUCUGACAGGUGAGCUUCAGUCAUCAAGGUGUUUCAAGAAGUCCUAGGAGCAACAAGUUUUCAUCAUGGGUGGCUGAAGAACCAGUUCUAGAAGGGAAUAAUGGAAAUGGAGGCAAAAGCUACGUGUAAACGUUAGCCUGAAAUUAUAAUCAGGUAUUCUGCUGUCUGUUCUGCGUGCCUCCCACUUGACCAAGCUGGAAUUAGACCUCAGACCAGGCUGGGACAGUGGGGCUUUUUUAAGGUUGGAGCUGAGAGAGGAGGGAAGGAGAUCGUGUUUCAGAUCAAACCCCCAGAUUUGUUGUUUUGCGGCAAAUAGUAGGCAAAGAGCUCUGACUUGCUGCGCUCCCAUAUUGGAGCAGGGUGUUGCCCUCCCCAAAUACCACCACCUUGCUGGCCUUCAGAGGGCCUGGGGGUCCUCAGCUUGCCCCUUUCCAAAGGGUGAAGAAGGUGAGAGCACAACCAAUGCCAUAGAAAUCCUUAAAAAUUGAAGAUGUGGCCGUGAUUGCUCCAGAGGUUUUGAUAACUCAGCGGGUCUGGAGCAUCUGUUCCCUUCAGCCAAGUGUGGUAUGCCCUUGUGGAACAUUUCUCUUAACCCUCCCAACCCCAAACAUCAAACUUACCGAGGUGCACGUUCCAAAAAGGAGUCCAAGUGUCUUAGGAACAUAAAACCUGAUUAAAAAUAGAUAUAUGUGUGGCAAAGCUAGUUCAAUGCCGAGCGUUUACUAUCCUAAAGAUAACUGGAGGUCUGCUGCUUUGCUUUAUAGCUGCAGUCUUACUGUUAUUCCCCAUCCCCAGUACCUCCAACCUUGAAGGUCAUCUGCAGCAAAAGAAAAAUGCUCAUCUCACAAAUUGUCCCUUCUGAGGUCUGCAGUCUGACCCAUCUUUCGUAUUGACGUUGGCAUCAGCUGUGAGCAUUCACUGCCAAGUCCCUAGUUUCAAAGGUUUCUAAUACACCAAGCUAACAAAGGCCACUCUUGGAUUGAGAUGAGAAGAGAGAUAUGGUGAUAGAUGAGCCCUAAACAGCUGCUUCUGAUAAUUAUGUUAAAUUUCUGUUCCAACAAUAGAUUUUCCAUCAGAUUAUUGUGGACUGAAAGGGCAUUACUCCUGAUGGAGUCCUGAUAGUAGACAAAAGCUCAUGUACACUAUGAGCAAAGUGGGGGAUUAUGCCCAGGGUUUUACAUGUAGUCUCUGGAGCCAUAGACUGGGAUUUAAUAAGGAGAAAUAGAAUUAAACAUGCCUUUGCGACAGUGAGGUGAAGGUGAUAUUCUGACCCAGCCAGCAAAGUCUCUUGGGUAGAGAAGAAUGUGGCUUCAGCACAGGACCAGAUUAAGGAGCCAGACUCCAGAGUAUUUAUUUAUCCUUCAGCACCCAUAAACUAGAAAGUUAAGCAGAUGACUCCUGUAUAAUACGUUCCUUUAAGAAAUCUGCUAGAUGUUGGGAAAAUGUCCAUCUUGAUGGUUGUCUCUCAAAAGAAAACUUACAGCCGCUGGCCAAGCCACUUUGCUCUGCCACAUGUACAGUGGCAGAGUACAGUAAGAUGCACAUCUGGAAUAAGGACAAAGCCCAGGGGCUGGUAUGAAACCAAGCUGGCUGUGAGCCACUAACCAUCUGCAGAAGGCUUGGUCUCAGGCUCUUCUGUUAUUGCCAGUGUGAUGGCUGAUGCCUUUCAUCUGCCGUUUCUCUUGUCCCUGCCUCUCCAGCAAUGCUGCCCACGCUCCGCAGCAUACCACAGGCCUGGAGUUGGCUCCGGAGGUGCAAAACCGCCACAGCAGCUUUCUGAUGCACCUGGGCUUCACUUGGCAAAGCCCUGAGCCACUGCGGGGGCUGUGCAGAGGCCUUACGAAAGGCUGACAAAUACUACCUGCCAACCCAAAAGAAAACAGGUCACCCAUGAAAUUGGGAGGAAUGCUGCUAGGAGCACAACUAUUAUGAGGCAAAAUUGCUGCCUUUUUGUGAUCCACCUGUCAGAGCUGCUUUCGUGGAGGUCUCUGCAGGGGACUCGGGCAUCGCCUGCUUGGCCUGGUUUUGGGGUGAGGGAGGGGGGGAAGAGCUCAUCUCUGUAUCACAGAGAUCUUUCUUUUUUCUUUUUCUUUUUUUCUUUUAAUUUACCUCAUGCUACCUCAUAGCAUGGUUGUAUCUCCGUAGCCACUUGCUCAGCCAUGUUCAUCGCUGGCACGAUGGAAGACAAUUCCCUACUUGGGGAAAAUAGCUCCAAGUUAUCCCAGGGAAGAACAGUGCCCCUUCUGCAGCACCGUCUGGUGUCCCCACCACUGGUUUCCAGCCCACGGGCCAGGUUUUCCAGUGGGAUAAAGACGGUGUAACAAGCUCAGGGAUGCUGUGGUACGCCAGGCCUCUCCCCAGCUGGGCACCAGCACGAGAGCCAGGUCUGGCAGAGCUCUGCUGUGUCUUGAGUAUCUCUGCGUGGAGACCAGAGCCAGCUCUAACGGGUUUAAAUGUCUCCCUGACAUAUCCAUGACCAGGACACUUUUGCAGGACAGAAUCUGUACGUAACAACCUCCUAUCUUCUAAUAAAUAAUUCUCUCUAAAACAGA